AUGGCACACAAUCAUAACCCCAGUGGGAAAAAUCAAUAUGAUUUUGUCCCCAAGGCUUCGGAUGCCCGCCUCGCUGAGGCAUUGCAGCGAUACCAUAAGGAGUUCAUCACAAACCCUGUGGUAAUAAAGGAGCUGCUUGCAGCUGAGCCUGAGCCCAUUCAUAUGAGUGUCCAAACGAUCCAGCAUCGGAGGAAAGAACUAGGUCUUGUAGGAUCUCAUACCACAGCAAAAAAGAUGCACUCCACCCGUGAAACUCAACUCGUGCUAGACCAGAUGGGCAAAGAUCCAAACAUGAGGAGAGGAGUCAGAUUGACGCAUGCAAAGAUAGCAAUGGAAACAGGAGUCCACCUGAGACAGGAGCAUGUUAGGGAGAUAAUGCAGCAAUUUGAGCUUGAAGGGUUUGAAAAGCGAGAGCCAUGUGGCAAGAAGAUCAGGCGACACCCUAUUAUUAGUGUCGGCCCAGGUGCAGAAUGGAGUGGUGAUGGCCAUGACAAACUGAAGAAAAUAGGCUUCUCAAUCUAUGGGAUACGCGACAUUGCACCAGGGAAAUGGCUGAAACUCAAGUUAUUACCUGAUAACCGCUUGAAGGAGACGAUUGCAUAUGUUUAUCUUGAGUUGGUUGAAGAGCUUGGUGGUAUGUACCUCGCUCCUCAAGUUCAAUUGAUGACGGACCACGGAUCAGAGACUACGCUUAUGUGUGCAUAUGGUCAUACUUUACGGGAAUUUUUCUAUCCUGAACUGAACAGCGAUGAGCUUCCAGUUCAUCAUUUUACUUCCAGUACCUGCAAUAUCGUGAUUGAAAGGGGAUGGCUUCGGCUGUGUGAGGAUUUCGGUGAUAACAUGGUCCUAGUGUUUAGGCAAGGAGAGCAAGAGGGGAUAUACAAUCCUGAAAACCUAGUGCACUAUGCUUUGUGCCGGUGGCUCUGGUCAUUUUUCCUGACCCAGGAAUUGGAUAAAUGGCGUUUAGAGCAAAAUGCCUUUAGGGUUCGCAAACUCAACAACAAGGUUGGGCCUUCAGGAGUCUCUGCAAAUAUUGCCUAUGCGCUCCCAGGGAAGUUUGGCAUGAGGAACGUGCUUUUGCAGGACAUCGAUGUCAAAAUUGUCCAUCACAUGAAGGGAGAACUUUCCAGUGAUUCCCUUCAAUUUGUGCCCCCGGAGUAUGCGGAGAGUGCUAAGAAAAUAUAUGACUCCUUGAAUGUCCAUGAACUCUCAAUUCACAAUGUGUGGGUCAUCUUUCGCAAAAUGUUGUCCAUGAUGUAG